GCCGGAGCGCGAGCAAAGUGUCAUUGACAACAACAAAAAUAACCUGCCGUCCAAACUUUUACUGUCAUAUUUGUCCCUUUUGAGAGCUUUUGAAAUGGACCAUUCCCCGGAGAAGAGACGGAGGAGACGCUGUCUUAUUUUGAGUGUCCUCGCUGUCCUGCUACUCAUUAUUAUCGUCGCUGUUGUGUUGGGACUGACGCUGCGGAAGAACACAGACAGCCUUAAGACAACUUUUAUUUCUAGGUGUAAAGCGUUCAAAGAAUACGACUGUCCAAAGAUUUGGGAUGCAUUUGAACAGUCCUAUGUAGGACGGGACCCUUGUAAAGUUCCCAUGGAAGCCUAUGACCCCUUCAUUGCUGCAGCCCCCUUCCAACCUGCAUGCAACAGAAUGAUGUUCUGGAGCAAAACGACGGAUGUGGUCCAUGACUUCACUGAGAAGAAAGAUUGUUUUCUGACCCUGGAGGACACUCUGCUGGGAUCUGUGAUGGAUGGUCUGACUUGGUGUGGAAAGGAGGGCAGCCCUGAAACUUUCACUACCGGCUGCCCAGGAUGGACAGACUGUGUGAACAACACUGUUCGCUCAUUUUGGAACAGAGCCUCAGCUGCUUUUGCAGAUGCCGCCUGCGGUCAAGUCACAGCCAUGCUAAAUGGAUCAAUCGUCACACCAUUCAAUCCUACAAGUAUUUUUGCGACCAUCGAGCUCGAGAGGUUGGACUCCCCCCGGGUGAAAAACUUGAAUGUUGUUCUGGUCACACAAGAAACCACUGUGACAAACUGCACAAAUGCAUCUUUAAAGAAUUUACAGAAGGAGUUGGAUCCAGGAGUUAAAUAUAACUGCAAAGAAGUGUCUGAAGCUCAGAUUCAGGAGUGCAGCUCUAAUCCAGAGAAACCCUGUGGAGCCUGUUGGUGAAGAUGAUAACUAAACACUAACCAGCUGUAAAGUACAUAUUUGUCUAGAGUUUAUUUCUGUAAAAAGUCUUUGUAAAUGAAAUAAUGUUCUAUUCUUUUAGUUUCUGUGGGCCAGUGAAUGUGUCGUUUUAUACAAAUGUCACUGAAACAUUUUUACAAUACAACUUUUUAACUUUAAUCUUCAUCUUUUUAAAAAAAUCAAAUCUAAACAAUAAUGCAGUAAAGCGUCAUGUACUGUGCAGGUGCUGUGAGGUAAAAUACCAGUGCUGCUAUCUUAUUACGUCCAAAUAAUGAGCUCAUUCCUCCUGGUGGCACAAUGUUUUUUAAAUAAAAUGUUU